AUGGAAUUCAGGCAGACUUUAGAGCACUGUGAUCUCAGUGAUCUUGGUUUCGAGGGGGACAGAUACACUUGGGCGAAUAAUAGAAAGGGUAGACUAUUCACUAAAGAAAGACUUGACAGAGUGCUUGGAAAUUCCCCCUGGAUUGCUAAGUUUGAAGAUCACUCUAUUCAUCACCAAGCAGCAUAUUCAUCAUAUCACAGACCCUUACUCAUAACCAUUCAUAACAAGCUCAACAGGCAAAGGAAAGAAAGAAUAUUUAGGUUUGAAGCUAAAUGGAGUAAAAGAGAGGGCUGUGAGGGUCUAAUCAGAAGAACAUGGGAGAACCUCAAAGAAACUUUUGAUCCUAUACACAUCACUCUUCAAGGCUUAAGGAACUGUCAGUUAGGUCUGAAACAAUGGAACAAAGAAUUGCACAAGCUUGACAAGGAACUCCUACAGUCAAAAUUGAUCAUGCUCAACCACCUCAAAGAACAAAAUGAAGGACAACUCCAUGAUGAGAUUAGAGAACUCCAGAGGGAUGUGAAUCUGUUACAAGAUGAGGAAAACAGAAAGUGGCAACAAAGAGCCAAACAAACCUGGCUUAGGGAGGGGGACAGAAACACCUAUUUUUUCCACAAAUGUGUCAAUUAG